AUGUACUGCAGAAAGAUGGCUGCGUAUGCUCAUGAUGAGGAGCUACUCAUCCAUGUUUUCCAGGAAAACCGUCUGCAGCUGCAACAUAUGACAAAAAAGGACAAUGAAACUUUCAAAGAGUACGCCCAACGAUGGAGAGAGUUGGCUGCGCAAGUUGAGCCGCCGUUGAUUGAUAAGGAGAUGGUGUCGAUGUUCGUAAACACACUCCAGCCGCCAUUUUAUGAGCAUAUGGUUGGGAAUGUAUCUGUCAAUUUUGCUGACACCAUCAUCAUUGGUGAAAGGAUAGAAAUUGGAUUGAAAAACGGAAAGAUAGCAUAUGGCCCACCCGCAGCUACAAACUACAAAAAGCCCAGCUUCAAUCAGGGGAAGAAAAAAGAGGGGGAGGUACAUGCUGCGUCGGUAAUGAUGCCUGUUUGGAGAGGACGAGCUCCCGAUCCUAAUUAUCGACCGUACUUAAACCCACCUCCUUAUGCUGCAAACACCACGUUUGCUCACCAAGUUAGGCCUCAACAACAACAAGCGUAUUAUCCACCGCAGCGUAUCCCAACCGAAGCUUUAAGACCGGCUACAAACAUGGGCCCAAAUCUGAAUGUGGGUCACAACAACAACCCAAGGGGAAAUCAAUUUGUUAAGUUCACUCCAAUCCCUAUGACUUACACUGAAUUGUUACCUAACCUAGUCAAAAAGGGUCUGGUCGCCAUUUGCCUGAUGAAGCCUGUACAGGCGCCGUACCCUAGGGGUUAUGACGCAAAUGCCAGGUGUAGUUAUCAUGCAGGAGGCGUUGGCCACUCGACUGAAGGAUGUUUCGCUCUCAAAUACAAAGUUCAGGCUCUGAUAGAUUCGGGUUGGUUAAAGUUUCAAGAGGACCAGCCCAGCGUCGAUACUAAUCCAUUGUCCGGGCACGGGAGUUCCUCGACGAACGCCGUCGAGGUUGGUAACCAUGAUCCGAUAAGAGAUGUGGGCGAAAUCCGAAGUUCUAGGAGGUUUAUCUUUGAAGCUUUGUUGAAGAAAGGCCUAGUGAAGGGCGAUUAUGAUCUGGGUAUAGCGUGCGCACUCCAUCCGGAGGCCGGGCACUCUAUUGAGGAAUGUAUGGAAUUCGAGAUUUUUCUACAAGACUUACUUGAUAGAAAUCUGAUGCAAGUGUGCCGCAAGGUCAGAGAGGAAGAAGUAUUUGCGCAAAUUGGUGGAGAAGCUGAUGUGACUCUACCCGAACCUUUGGUGAUCCAUUUUACUAGGACCACACCUGCACUGGUAACCGAAGGAAAUCCAUCUGUUGUCAUCCGAGUGCCAACUCCUUUCCCUUAUAAGAACGAGAAAGUCGUCCCAUGGAGAUAUGGGGCAACUGUAUUAGAUGAGGGAGAAUAUGCAAAUCCAACUGUGGAAAACAUAUCAGGCAUUGGUGGAAUGACCAGAAGUGGUCGAAUCUUUACACCACCGGAAUUGUUGAGAACCAAAGGUAGGGAAGCAACAAUGGCUGCAAAAGCAAAAGAGUUCUUGAAGGGGAAGAACGUGGAGGCCGAGGAGACCCCCGACAAAGAGGAGAAGAAAGAAAUAUCUGAAGAAGAAGUUGGUGAAUUCCUAAAGUUCAUACAACAGAGUGAGUACAAAGUGGUGGAACAGUUGAACCGCAUGCCUGCCCGGAUCUCCUUGCUAGAAUUACUCAUGCACUCUGCUUCCCACCGAAAGUUGUUGAUGAAGAUACUCAGUGAGGCUCAUGUGGAGCAAGGUAUUUCUUUGAACAAGUUCGAGGGCAUUGUUGGCAACAUCGUUGCUAAUAAUUACCUCACCUUCACUGAUGAAGAGAUACCUGUUGAGGGGAGAGGUCAUAACAAAGCUCUUCAUGUCUCUGUGACAUGCCUGGAUCAUAUGAUAGCACGUGUCUUAGUGGAUAACGGAUCCUCCCUAAACGUCAUGCCAAAAGCAACCUUGGAGAAGCUACCCAAUGACGGAACGCACAUGAAGCCAAGUUCUAUGAUUGUGAGAGCCUUUGAUGGUAGUAAGAGGGAAGUGAUGGGAGAGGUAGAACUACCAGUCCAAGUCGGUCCGUGUGUCUUUCAAGUGACAUUCCAAGUCAUGGACAUCCUCCUGGCCUAUAGUUGUCUGUUGGGUCGCCCAUGGAUCCAUUCUGCAGGGGUUGUGCCUCCUACACUACAUCAAAAGUUGAAGUAUGUUAUGGGAGACAAGCUGGUGAUAGUGGCAGGAGAGGAGGAUUUCUUGGUGAGCGGACCAUCAUCCUCCCGUUAUAUUGAAGCAGCCGAGGAAGCUCUCGAGACAGCUUUCCAAUCUCUGGAGAUCGUGGGAAACACCUAUGUAGAGCCAUUUGUGGUCAACCCGCAUCUGUCGCGUGCUUCUAUCAUGAUGGCCAAAGUCAUGCUAAAAGAAGGUUACAUGCAUGGGAAAGGUUUGGGCAAGUGUGGACAGGGGCGAGCAUUCCCUCUGGAGGUCGUCGAGAACAAGAAUAGGUAUGGCCUGGGAUACAAGCCCACCAAGGAGGAUAGGAGAAGACUGAUAAAAGAAAGGAGAGAACGCAGUCUGGCUCGGGUGGAAAGACGGGAGCCUAAAGUGGGAAGAAUUCAUAUCUGUGACCUCAAGGAGAGCUUUCGCAGCGCUGGUUGGGUUAACGCUGGCCACAUAGCAGCUGUGGGAGAUGAAGAUGGAUUGGAAGGCUCUAGUUUUGUGUGGGCCUGCUCCCCGGGUGCACAACUCGACAACUGGAAGAUGCUGGAUUUGCCCGUGAUGCUUAAUUUGAAUAAGAUGUAA